GAUUGAACUGCCGGCGAACAGACGGGGGGCUGAUGGGCUGGAUCUUGCACCUCCGCACCUAUUGUGAUAGAGCAUCUCGACCCAGGACGACGCUAUCACGUGCCAGCGCGCCGAGCCAGAUGCCCUCGCGCAGAUGACGACACACUCGAGGAGAGAAGCAACAGGAUGAUGUCCUCAACCAACGAGGGGGACCCGUUCCUCCAGGUCCAGCAAGAUGUCCUCACGCAGCUCAACUCGGCGCGGCCGCUCUUCGCCUCGUACCUCCGCAUCCGGUCUCUGACGACGGCCGCGAACUCGCCAGAGCUGGCCUCGGCCCGGUCCGACCUCGAGUACGCCCUCGCGACGCUGGCCGAGGACCUGGCCGACCUCGUCGAGUCGGUCAAGGCCGUCGAGUCGGACCCGGUCGCCUUCGGCCUCGACCGCGCCGAAGUGACGCGGCGCAAGCGCCUGGUCCAGGAGGUCGGCGGCGAGGUCGAGGACAUGCGCGACGAGCUCGCCAAGCGGCUCGGCGACGCCGCCGCCGCCAUCGCGCACGGGAAGAAGAAGCAGGCCGCCGGCGACGGCUCCUCCUCCUCCUCGGACCUGCCGGACCCCAACGCCUUUGCCAUCCCCGACGGCGAGGGCGGCAGCGGCGCCGGUGGCGACUCGUACGCCGAGUUUGAGCACCACCAACAGCUCCACAUGCUGCGCGACCAGGAGGAGGACCUCGAGGGCGUGUUCCAAACCGUCGGCAACCUACGCCGCCAGGCCGACGACAUGGGCCGCGAGCUAGAGGAGCAGCGCGAGAUGCUCGAGGUGGUGGACGGGCUGGCGGACCGCGUGGGCGACCGCCUACAGACGGGCAUGCAGAAGAUGCAGUAUAUCAUCAAGCGCAACGAGGACCGCUGGAGCAGCUUCUGUAUCGCCGUUCUGAUAUUCGUCCUCAUUCUUCUUUUGAUUCUGCUGCUGGUGUUAUGAUAUAAGGUUGCGUUACUAACGAGGGAUCCCAAGCUUUCUAUUUUCUUUUGUGUGCCAUUAUGGGAAUGGAGUUGUGUUUUAGACGGAGGCGUGGGAGGCACGUCCACUGAUAAACGCCUUCUUAAUAAAAGUUUACAAUAUUUAAAUGAG